AUGGAGGGAAACUUCCAGGUGUGCAGGAACUGCAAAAGAAGCGGGGCCCCUGGCCACUUGGCCCCCCAUGGGGCCCACUCUCUGCUCUUCCUGGUUCUCUGUCCGGAGUGCAAGGAACCCCUCCUGCAGGAUACGAUGGAAGAGCACCGCGGGGGCGGGCACCAGCAGGUGGGGCGGGCAAUGUGUCAGCAGAGCCUGCCGGAGCACUUGCCGGAGAUUCACGAGGGGAGAGAAUGCCAGGAGCGCCCCGUUGAGUGCCAGUUCUGUGAGCUGGCCGUGAGCCUCAACGAGGUGGACAUCCACGAGCACCACUGCGGCAGACAGACGGAGGUCUGCCCAGACUGCGGCCAGCGCAUCGUGCUCUACAUGCUGGCCCGGCACAGAGAGGAGUGCUGCGGUGAGCAGACCCGGCUCCAGAAAGGGAAGAGAAUUCCAGCCCCUGAAAGCAACAUCUGCUGUCAUUAUUGCAACCAAAUGAUCCCAGGAAAUAAGUAUUUCCACCAUGUGGACAGAUGCCGUCCAAUCUCAGAUUCUGUGACAUAUUCUCCAGUUGGGAAACCAGAUAUUCCUCCUUCAUCCCUUUCAAGUCAGGCUGCUGAAGAUCACACUUCCACAGCAGAGAAAGACGUCCGUCCAAAGACGAAAAAUACAAGGAGAUUUCCCCUUCUUUCUGAAAAGUCAACGCGGCAAACACCAAGAGGCACAAACAAAACCACGGAUCUGCCUUUGAAGUCUGAUGGCAAGCUCAGGGCCUCCUCUCCUGUAGAACACGAGACAGCCUAUGACAUUCUGAGGAGGUGUUCUCAGUGUGGCAUCCUACUUCCCCUGCCAACCCUAACCCAACAUCAGGAGAAAUGCCGGUGGUUAGCUUCAUCAAAAGGAAAACAAGUGAGAAGUUACAGCUAG